UCCCACGAUGUCACAAGGAGCCUGGUGGAAGGCUGCAGGAGCACUGCCAGCGCUGCUCAUACACUCACCUCCGACACAGUUCGAGGCAAUUUUUCCCCUUGGCAAGUGCAGGCUGCCACGGCCACAGCCCCAAUGCACUUUGCAGCACGAUGUCGUGGCACGAUCGCCUUUUGGAAGAAGCCAGGCAAGAUCUGAGGCAGGUGGAGAGAGAGAUGCAGAGCAAGAUGAGGCUGAUGGACCUGCACCUGCGGCAGCUUCGCGAGGAUCUGCCUACGUGCUGCCCGCACCAUGUGCGGCCCUGCUGCUCGCACCAGCCUGAUGCCUGCCCCUGGGAGAGAAGGGUCAUCACCGCGAGGAUGGAUGUGGAGCGGGAGCUCAAGAGCAUACAAAGAAGACUUAACAAGAUGGUACAUUCUGCCCAUGAUCACAGACUUUUGGCUUUGGUAGACAUGAAGGGUUUUGACCCCAAGGAAGUCUCUGUAACAGUGAAAGACAGGAAGGUGAAGGUGGUAGCAGAGCACGAGGAGGAGUUCAGCACCUCAAGAGGGAAGGAGUAUAACUACAGAAACAUCUCUCAGGAAAUCACCCUGCCAUCGGGUGUGAGUGAGGAUGAGGUGACCUACUCAUUGUGCCCCAACAACGUUCUGAAGAUCGAAGCAGUAAGGUGUUGUCCUUGUCUUCCGAGCACCACCACAGCAGGGAGCAACACCCAGGCACAGUCAUUCCUCUGCCACAUCUCUCCAUCAGCUUUAGGCCUGUUCCCUUAAUCAUGCACCAGCAGCUCCCUGGGCCUCUUCCUAAAUAAAAGGCAGAACUCUGAGCA